AAUGAUGCUAAAGAUGAUGCUAAGAAUGAUGUUAAGGUCGAAGUUGUAGAUGUAGAUAAGAAUAAAGUAAUGAAUGAAGUUAUGAAUGACAAAGUUGUGAAUGAAGUCAAGAACGAGGUUAUGAAUGACAAAGUAGUGAAUGAAGUCAAGAACGAGGUUAUGAAUGACAAAGUUGUGAAUGAAGUCAAGAACGAGGUUAUGAAUAAGGAUAAGAAUGAAGCUACGAACAAAGAUAAAAAUGAAGUUAUGAAUGAAAACAAAGAUGAUGUUAUGAAUGAAGAUAAAAGUGAAGUCAUAAACAAAGACCAAAAUGAAGUUAUGAAUGAAAAUAAGAGUGAAUCUAUGAACAACGAUAAAAGCGAAGUCAUGAAUGAAAAUAAGAGUGAAUCUAUAAACAACGAUAAAAGCGAAGUCAUGAAUGAAGAUAAAGAUGAGGUUAUGAAUAAAGAUAAAAGUGAAGUCAUAAACGAAGACAAAAAUGAAGUAAUGAACGAAGACAAAAAUGAAGUAAUGAACGAAGACAAAAAUGAAGUAAUGAACGAAGACAAAAAUGAAGUAAUGAACGAAGACAAAAAUGAAUCUAUGAACCAAAAUAAAAAUGAAUCUAUGAACCAAAAUAAAAAUGAAUCUAUGAACCAAAAUAAAAAUGAAGAUAUGAAUGAAGAUAAAGAUGAGGUUAUGAAUGAAGAUAAAAAUGAUGAUAUGAAUGAAGAUAAAGAUGAUAUGAAUGAAGAUAAAGAUGAUAUGAAUGAAGAUAAAAAUGAAGUCAUAAACAAAGAUGAGGUUAUGAACGAGGUUAUGAAUGAAGAUAAAGAAGUUAUGAAUGAAGAUAAAGAGGAAGUUAUGAAUGAAGACGAGAGUGAAGACAUGGUUAUUGUUGAAUCAAGUGAAAAUAAUGACGAAAAUACAAAUAACACUAAUUAUUUUAAAAAUUGCAUUCUGAGGUAA